AUGUUAUAAAUAUGAGCCAUCCAUAUGUUUGUGAAGUCUUUUAAAAGCGCCACCGCUUCUAAAUCACACAAAAAUACUGUUUUUGUCGUAAACUUCUAACACUAGGAUCAACUGCGUAUAAAUAACAUUUAUUCGCCGGGAUAUUUACGUUCUUUAAGGCAAAUGGCAGCGUCUUCUUCGUCGUCCUCUGCGGGAGGUGUUAGCGGCAGUUCGGUGACUGGUUCUGGGUUCAGUGCUUCAGAGCUCAUCCCUCCGAGGAAAGUCCUCUACACUUAUCCCAAAGGUGCAGGUGAAAUGAUGGAAGAUGGCUCUGAUAGAUUUUUAUGCGAGUCCGUGUUCAGCUACCAAGUGGCUUCAACGCUGAAGCAGGUUAAACAAGAUCAACAAGCCUCUCGGAUGGAGAAACUUGCGAGCCUGGUGGAGGAGCUGGAAGCAGACGAGUGGCGGUACAAACCGAUAGAGCAGCUACUGGGAUUCACACCGUCUUAAACAAAGAGAUUCAGAAGCUUUCGGUUUGUAAAUCUGCCAAGUAGAGUAAAAACAAAAUGUUUUAUUUACUUGUUCAUUGUGUAUAAUGUGUGAGUUUUUAAUGUGGCUAAAUGUAACAUGAAUUUUGAAACAUUUUUCAUUGUAUUUUUGCUUAUUUAUUACACCAACAACAGGUCCACGCUACUAGAAUUAUUAACUGAGAUCUCAUAAUUAAGAUUUUUGUAUUUAAAUACCGUAUCUGUUUUAGGCUAACGAAGUUUCAGCCAGUCCAAUUUGUUAUUAGCCUCAACGCU